GUUUUCCACUGAGUUUCCUCUGUGAGGGGGAAGAGUGUUCACGUACACCUUCAUCUUCCUCUUCCUCCUCCCUUUUUCACGAGUUCCUUUCCUUUUUUUCCCCGAGCCCCGCCUCUGACCAGCACCACCACACCUGGACUACGGAGCGGCGACAGGAGGUAAAGGUGAGGAGGACCUCGGUGCGAAGAAGACGCGGACUGAGGCGGGUGGAGGUGGAGGCUCUCCUGGGUCCGAACAAGACAAACAGGCAGCAUGGGGGAGGCACCAGUGAGAGAAGACGGUACAGUGACACGAUCAGCAGAGUAUGUGGGCUCAUUUCCUGUGGAUGACCGCUGUUUGGAUGAUCAGAUAGAGCAGCUGCACACUCAGCUGAAGCUCCUUAAGACAUGCAAGAGAAGACGGCCUGUGUCCCUGAAAUUCUCCAUCAAAGGUGUGAAAAUGUACAAUGAGGAUGAAACGACCCUCCUGAUGGCUCACGCCCUGCGUAGAGUCUCUCUGUCCACCGCCCGGCCUGUCGAUGCCCAGUUUGCCUUCGUCUCCCACAACCCAGGCAGCACCGAUGCCCAACUCUACUGCCAUGUCUUUAGAGCUAGGCAUUCCAGAGCGGCCCAGUUCCUGAACCUGCUGCUGUGCCGCUGUUUCCAGCUGUCUUACCUGGAGAAGCACCCGGAGGAGGCCCAGGAAGACUCUGCUGGAUCAGUGCCUCGGCGUAACCCUUCGCUGCUUAACCACGGUUUCCCUCUCAGUGUCAGUGCCCUUGUGUCCUUCAGGAGAGCCCCUUUUCAAGGGUUGUUGCCAGGCACGAAGAAAAAACAGAAGUCCUUUGACGACCAGCAAAGCAGCCAAGAUGAAGUCUUCCCCACCUCCUCCCCCUCCCUGGUUCGCAAGAAAGCCAUUCGCAGCAAAGCAGUGCGCUCUGGGGCUUACCGCUCCUUCACUUUUACACCGCUAAAACAGCGCAUUGUUCAGGAUCGACUGAGUGCAUCACAAGAAAAGGUGGAAGACAAGACGCCGUCGAGGAGAUCCCGCGCUCCGAGCCUGGCCGAAACCGAAGAAGCGCUGGCUCAAGCAGUGUGGUGCUGGGCUGGUAUCGCAACUGACAGCAGCUAUUCCCUGCUGGCAGAUGAUGUUCUGGGUUCAUAUCUCCUGUGCCCCCAUCCUAAAAAGCCCAAAUGUGGCUCUCUCAUCAUUCGCUUCCCCUCUGGCCUAGUGACCCACCUUAUAGAAAACACUCGGAAAGGGAAAUUCCUUCUGGAGAAAUGCAAGACUGAGUUCAUUUCCAUAGCAGAGAUGAUUGAAUACUACACCGAGACCCAGGACGAGCUGCCAUGCCUGCUGAGCUGCGCCCGAGUAAACCACUGUUACGAGUGGGAGGAAAAUGCCGGCAGACAGCAAUCUGUAAAGCUACACAAGAUCGCGACUAAAAUAAAAAUUUCUUCCAGAAAGCGAUGGUUUUAAACCCAGGACACGGGAACAUGUGGAUUGCCAACCUCAGAGGAUCCAAAAUAAGUGACACCUUUCUUUUUCUUUUGCACGUAGAUCAUCUCUUACUUUGAAAAUCACUUUUGGUGUCGGGAGGAGGUUUCACAAACUGUAAAACACAAUGCACCUAUCAACAGUGUUGGCACUUAAUGUAUAUAGUAUAUAAGUCGAUUCAUCAAAGGGUACUUAUUUGUCAAGGAAAGUAAUAUUUUGUGCUUGCUGCUUUUAUGUCUUUUUGUAUAUUUUUUAAAAUUAUUUUUAUAUGUGCCUGUAGGGCCUCAGAGGAGCUUAUUAGUGUUUUUAUGGUGUGAAUUUAAUAACCUCAAACUGGAGAGGAACAGAUCACUCAGACUGUUGCAUCUGAUGGCCCCUGAAGCCAUAACUGUUUUUCUUGUUUUUUUUUUCUUACACUGUAAAGACAUUAUGCAAAUAUAUUUGAUCAAAUCUUAUAGUUUCACUGAACUUGAAUCUUGGGUGCAUAUUAUUUUUUUUCUGUGUUUAGACAUUAACCCUGGUGUAAAUAACCCUUCUACUGGUGUAAUAAUUUGUUGUAUAUUUAACAUUUCUUCCUUUGUGUAGACAACAGCAAACAUCAUCCAGUGUGUAAGUUGCUUUUUCUAUUUAGCAUUUAGCCUAAAAGUUGAAAAAGUUUUCAUGAAUGAUUGACAAUAUACGUACUGAGAAGGACCCAUCAGGCAAACUUCA